GGCCCGGAGGCGGGGCGGGCUCCGGGCGGUGCCUCCCGCGGCGGGGCGGGGGCUGCUCUUUCCGUCGGUGGCCGCCGCCGCAGCAUGAGCGGUCCGGGGCUGCUGGGGCCCGGCGGCGGCGCGGGGCUGCCGCCGCUGCCCAAGAGCCUGAGCGGGCUGCUCAACUCCUCGUCCUCGGGCGGCGGCGGCGGCCAGGGCGGGCGCUGGCGGGACCUGGAGCGGCUCUACGCGCAAAAGUCCCGCAUCCAGGACGAGCUGAGCGGCGGCGGCCGGGGCUCGCCGCGCCCGCCCAAGCCUCCCAACCUGGACGCGGCGCUGGCCCUGCUCCGCAAGGAGAUGGUUGGCCUUCGGCAGCUGGAUAUGUCAUUGCUGUGUCAGCUGUACUCCCUGUAUGAAUCAAUUCAAGAAUACAAAGGUGCCUGCCAAGCUGACUCUAAUGCAGACUGCUCAUACGCCCUGGAAAAUGGAUUUUUUGAUGAAGAGGAGGAAUACUUCUAGAAGCAGAAAGAUUGACCUCCAGGCUGACUGAACUGAGGUUCUUUUGUCCUUCUUUCCCCGUAACACACCUCAGCAAGAACAACUGGAAUCUGGAUCCCUCUUCCUGAGGAGAAAUACCCAGCUAUCUUGAGUUGUGUUAAAUUCACUUAUUUUAACAGGCUGUCAGUACAAGUUACUCAUGCAAAUACCACUUGAGGAAAGUGCUGUACUCUUAACUUUUGAAGAGUCCUCAGACAUGCUUGACAAGAGUUUUCAAUUUAAUUUGCAAGGUGGGUGUUUUCAACUUACAAGCAUUGGUAGCUUAUAACUGGAAUUUUAGUUGUAGAAGACAACAGUGACUUCCUGAGUUGUAAUAACUUAGUAAGGGGGCAGGGAAGCCUCUGCUGUGGUGUAAAUAGCUAUAGGUGGUGGGGUUUUUUUUGGGGGGGGGGGGGGUCAGUGAUAUUGAUAAAUGCAUUUUGAACAGGUAUCUGGAUGCACGCACAUCCUCAGCACUACUAAGCUAGUUCUGCUCUUACCGGCUGCAUCCAGUUUUGUACUGGGUGGAUUGUUUACACAGUUUAAAUUUUUUUUUCUCCUUAGGCUAAUUUAUUCUUAGCUUACGAGCUGUACAUGUGAUAGUGAAUGUUAUCAGCAGGGUUUUUUUUCUGUUGAUCUAAUUCACUUUCUUGGUACUGCCACUUGGCGUUAACUUUUAUACUAUUCUCUGGAUAUCUUGCAUCUGCAUAGCUCUUUGACCUGCUAAACACUGUUCUGAAAUGGUUUGCUUAGCUUUUACUGUACUGCAUAGUAAAAGCACAGAUUCAAACAUAGUCUGUCUGCCACUAUGUGGCUUGGAAUAACAUGAACUCUUGUGCAAGUGUUCUCGAUCAUAUGAAGAUUAAGGAAACCUCUCAUAUGACACAAUGGGACAAAUUGCAAUAUUUUAUACUGGGUGAACUUUGUUUCUGUAAGGUAGACAACAGCUCUUUUUAAAAAUGCAAAAUAAGUAUUUUGAGCACAUUGCAUAUGUUAAAACUUUUUAUACUAACUUGUUCUUUGAAGUAUAACUUAUUUUUGUUUUCAGAACUUACUAAAGCACUUAGUUAAGUUGUUAUUAUUUCAUAGUGUGUACAUGUAAUGCUUAAUCAGCUGAGAGUUGCCAACUAUGUGAGUCUUCACCCUUCUCUAAGUAAAAUCAACUCCCAACGCGAUUUUCAUUUCUUAACUUUAAUUCUAAAGAUUGCUGUAGAGCACAGUGCCUGAAUCCUGACACAAGCUAAUAAUUAAGGGCUUCAAUCUCAAAGAGUUUUUGCAUGGUUCAUGUCUGGUAUGUGUACAUUUUACAGGAAGAAUUGGAGAUCACAUACUGGGGUACCUCCUCUCAGUUUUUAGCAGAGGCUAGGAUGUUGCAGCGAUAAAAGCCAAGAGACUCCUAGGGUGCUUUUCCUCUAAAACUGGCUUAUUGUAGUGGAAUUCAAAGGCCACAAGAGUGAAGACUGUGCUGUAAUUGUGUAUGUGUACAAGUUCUUAAUCUAGUCUGUGGUGAUGGUUGGAUUUUUUUUUAAUGUUAAUUCUGGUCUAAUUACUUCACUCACGCAAAACUAAACUGAAUGAUAGGGAAAACACAGAUAAUCCAGAUAGCUACAUCUGUACUUAAAAAAGUCGUGUGCCUAUGUGUGUGUACAUGUAUAUGUACACACACAUACACAACUUUUAUGCUUUGACUAAAGAAUGUAUCAGCUUUUAAUAUAAUUUGCUGUGCUUUUGGUAUUUACAUGAGGCUUUUUCUAGUUUGUUGAAGUACUGCUAUUUUCUUGCUCUUUCUCCAAAAAUAAAAAGCAUGAUGUUUAGCAUAA